UUUGUACUGUUCGGUAAAAGUCUGUUUUCAGUUGUUUAGAAAGGAUCAGCAAACUUAAUUUUAGUAACAGAAACCCUCAACAGAUGGCAAUUGAUGAUGAAUUCGUUAAAUGGGUCCGUCUUGUUGGUGGAAACUCACAAUGCUUCCAACGUCACGGAGUAUUCUUACAUCCCGUAUCAUCAACGUCUGGAAACUUAUAUCUUGCCCAUAAUCUUUGCCAUAAUAUUUUUUGUAGGAUUAAUAGGCAAUGGUACUUUGGUCUACAUAUUCUUGCACAACAGGACAAUGAGAAGCGUGCCAAAUAUCUACAUCAUGAGCCUCGCAUUGGGAGAUUUGAUCGUCAUAGUGGGAAACGUGCCCUUUACUAGCACCAUUUACCUGUUUGAUGCCUGGCCGUAUGGAGAAUUUAUAUGUAAACUGAGUGAAUUUUUGAGAGAUGUGUCCAUUGCCGUAACCGUUCUGACACUAACUAUGCUGAGUGUUGAUAGAUAUAUCGCUAUAGCUCUACCAAUACAGAAAGUUACCGGUAGUCACGCGAAAACACUAACUGUAGUCAUAGCAAUAUUCAUAUGGUGUGUAUCCGUGGCCAUAUCCGUUCCCGGAGCCUAUUACUCCUUCCUGUUAGAAAUGCGAGUUGAUAACGACAAGGUUGUUUACGUAUGUUACCCAUUUCCAGAAAAUAUGUCACCCUGGUAUCCACGAACAAUGGUGCUACUGAAAUUUCUUUCACUUUAUGUCGUUCCUUUAUCGAUUAUCGCUAGCUUCUAUGUCCUGAUGGCCAAACAAUUGCUGAAGAGCACGAAGAACACAGUGGGACAGAACGACAGUCACACCAAACAGUUGAAGGCACGAAUUAAAGUAGCGAAAAUCGUAUUGGUGUUUGUAUUCGUCUUUGCCAUCUGUUUCUUUCCCAAUCAGGUGUUCCUCAUGUGGUUCUAUUUCUAUCCCAACGCAGGAGACCACUAUAAUGAUUUCUGGCACAUUUUGAAGAUGUCGGGUUACGUACUGACUUUCGUCAACAGUUGCCUCAACCCCAUUGCUCUGUACUUCAUUAGUGGAGUGUACAGGAAAUAUUACAAGAGAUACCUUUGUUGUUGCCACAACGAAAUUCAUAAAAACACAAUGGUGGUUUUCCGGACACUUCAUACCACUUCUGUUAGGAACCAUUCUUUGGGGACGACCAUCACAAAGAUUUAAAAGAUUUCCUGUCGCUUGCUUAUCGGUUGUGUAAACUUAUAAAUUAGUUUUAUCGUAUAAAAUUGCGUGUUUAUGGAGUAAGACAGUGUCUAGUUGGUAAAUUACAGGGGUUAACUGUAAAUGCAACAACGUUCGAAGUGUGUAAAAGAGAUAAAGUAAAUUGAAAUAAAAUACUAAACACAUCACGAAUCGAAAAAAUUCCCUUAUUUUUGAGGUGCGAAACUGUAAAUAAGCCGUUAUUACUGUCAUAUUUACUCAUUUUUUACCUUAUCUGACUCAAAUUCAACUAAUUUCAUACAUGAAUAAGUGUAGUUUCCAUCUUAUUUUGACAUAUAUAAACAAAACUAAGUCUAUUUUCGACCCGUAAACAAAACAUAGUCUUGUAGAAACCAUAAAUUGGUAGGAUUUUCUUAUUUUUGACACGUCUAAACCAUAAAUCCUUAGUACUUUUCACACGAGAAAACACAAAUAGGAAGUGAAAAACAGGCUCAAAUUCUUCUGUUUUUGACUUGUCAGAUUGUUAAAAAGAAGGAAAAUAGCCUAAAAUUCACUUGUGUUUUUCUAUCAGACCAACACUUUCAACUAAUUUACAACACAUCUAACAUUUAUAGAACUACCUAAUGCUUAUAAAUGAACGUAAUUUAUCUCUUCUACAUUCUUCCAACGUUGUUGUUACUAUUUAUUUAUGGUUCGCUCGAUAAAUAAUCUGCCACUUAUUUUAUUUUAAAGACACUUCAACAGAUUAUGUCAGCCUUAACUGUUUAGACUUUAAAUUAUUCAUUAAUUAUCCAAAGAUGAAGAAAAAAAAUGGAAGAAAGUAAUUGAGAUUAUUACAGAAGA